UAAAUAAACAUGAAACAUGGCUGCUUUAGACGAAAUAAAACGUCUUGAGUAUUUAUCUUUGGUGUCAAAAGUGUGCACGGAGUUGGAGAAUCAUCUGGGAAUAUGCGAGAAAGACCUGGCUGAAUUUAUCAUCAACCUCGCCGAAAAACACACAACCUUUGAGGAAUUUAAGACAGCUCUGUGUGAAAAUGGAGCUGACUUUACAGAAACCUUUAUUGCCAAUUUACUUCGACUUAUUCAAACUAUGCAGUCUUCACCAUCUACAAGUAAUGCUCAUCAGCCAAGGGGUGAAAAGGACGAGUUGAAAGAGAAAUAUCCCGCUCUUUGUAAACCAGAUGAUCCUGUGUGGAGGAUUCCACCCCGCAACACAGCUAGAGGCGAUGAGCAGGUAGCAGCAGCCGCCAUGAAGGAGCUGGAGAUGCUCAUGCCUAACUUCUGUGGAACGAGCUCUGAUAAUGGGUCAGACCAAAAGUUGCACAGUGACGGAGGUCAAAACACAGACAGACAAGUUGGUGGUCAUCGCAGUCGUUCGCCUGACGGAGAAACAAUCCCAAAACCAAAAAGGAAACGUCGAUGGAGUGACAAUCCUCCGAGCCCUCAGAAAGACGAAGACAACAACAACCAGAAAGACUCUCGCUUGCGAGAUACAGCUGUAGAUCGGCCUCCACCAGAGGAGCCUGUUGUGGGCGACAUCUACAACGGAAAAAUCAGCAGUAUUAUGCAGUUUGGCUGUUUUGUGCAGCUAGAGGGCCUCAGGAAACGCUGGGAGGGCCUGGUGCACAUCUCAGAGCUGCGCAAAGAAGGACGGAUAGCCAAUGUCGCUGAUGUUGUUACCAAAGGCCAAAAGGUGAAGGCUAAAGUCCUGUCCUUCACUGGAACCAAAGCCAGCCUUAGCAUGAAGGAUGUGGACCAGGGGACCGGGGAGGACCUGAACCCCAACCGGAGAAGAAACCUGGACCCUGUGGUCGGAGAGGAGGCCCUGAGGAACCCCGACCGCCCUGUGGAGGCCAUCGUGCUGGACAUAGAUGAAAACCCCAUGGAACGCAAACGCCUCGCCAAGAUAACUGACCUUGAGAAAUGGGAAAUUAAACAGAUGAUUGCAGCCAACGUACUUCCUAAAGAAGAGUUCCCGGAAUUUGACGAAGAGACGGGGAUCCUUCCCAAAAUAGAUGAAGAUGAAGAUCAAGAGCUGGAGAUUGAUCUGGUGGAUGACGAACCCCCCUUCCUGAGGGGACAGACGAAAUGGGGCGCCAAUAUGAGCCCCGUGAGGAUAGUAAAGAAUCCCGACGGCUCCCUCUCGCAGGCGGCCAUGAUGCAGAGCGCCCUGGCUAAGGAGAGGAGAGAGCUGAAGCAGUCGGCCCGCGCUGCAGAGCUGGACUCCAUCCCCACCGGCCUGCACAAGAACUGGGUCGACCCGAUGCCUGAUUAUUUAGGAAGGCAGAUUGCUGCCAACAUGAGAGGCAUCGGCGCUAUGCCUGCUGAUCUUCCAGAGUGGAAAAGACAUGCCUUCGGAGGGAACCAGGCGUCGUACGGCCAGAAGACAGAGCUCUCCAUCCUGCAGCAGAGAGAGAGUCUGCCUAUUUACAAGCUCAAGGAACAGCUUGUUCAGGCUGUCCACGACAAUCAGAUCUUAAUUGUAGUCGGAGAAACAGGGUCUGGUAAGACCACACAGAUCACUCAGUACCUGGCGGAGGCCGGCUACACCGCCCGGGGGAAGAUCGGCUGCACGCAGCCCCGCCGUGUGGCCGCCAUGUCCGUGGCCAAGAGGGUCUCUGAGGAGUACGGCUGCCGUCUAGGCCAAGAGGUUGGUUACACCAUUCGAUUUGAGGACUGCACCAGUAUUGAAACAGUGAUCAAGUACAUGACCCACGGCAUGCUGCAGAGGGAGUGUCUGCUGGACCCAGACAUGAGUCAGUAUACCCUCAUCAUGCUGGAUGAGGCCCAUGAGAGAACAAUCCACACUGAUGUGCUCUUUGGUCUUCUCAAGAAGACCAUACAAAAGCGCAAAGAGCUGAAGCUGAUUGUGUCCUCUGCUACACUGGAUGCUGUGAAGUUCUCUCAGUAUUUCUGUGAAGCGCCCAUCUUCACCAUCCCAGGAAGAACGUUCCCAGUGGAGGUUCUGUACUGCAAGGAGCCUGAGACGGACUACCUGGAUGCCAGUCUCAUCACUGUCAUGCAGAUCCAUCUGACUGAACCUCCAGGGGACCUCCUGGUGUUUCUGACGGGACAGGAAGAGAUCGACACUGCUUGUGAGAUCCUGUACGAGAGAAUGAAGUCCCUGGGGCCGAAUGUUCCUGACCUGAUCAUUCUGCCAGUUUAUUCUGCCCUGCCCAGUGAGAUGCAGACCAGGAUCUUUGACCCCGCACCCCCCGGCAGCAGAAAGGUCAUCAUUGCCACUAACAUUGCAGAGACAUCUCUUACUAUCCAUGGAAUCUACUACGUGGUGGACCCUGGCUUUGUUAAACAGAUCAUUUAUAACUCAAAGACCGGCAUCGACCAGCUUGUUGUGACUCCCAUAUCACAGGCGCAGGCCAAGCAGCGGUCCGGGCGGGCGGGCAGGACGGGUCCGGGGAAGUGUUACCGGCUCUACACUGAGAGGGCCUACAGAGACGAGAUGCUGACCACCAACGUGCCGGAGAUCCAGAGAACCAGCUUAGCCAGCACGGUGCUCUCUCUGAAGGCCAUGGGCAUCAACGACCUCCUGGCUUUUGACUUCAUGGACCCCCCUCCCAUGGAGACGCUGAUCAUCGCCAUGGAGCAGCUGUACACUCUGGGAGCGCUGGAUGAUGAAGGCUUACUCACACGGCUGGGAAGAAGGAUGGCAGAGUUUCCUCUGGAGCCCAUGCUGUGUAAGAUGUUGAUCAUGUCCGUCCAUCUGGGCUGCAGUGAAGAGAUGCUCACCAUUGUCUCCAUGCUGUCUGUGCAGAACAUCUUCUACAGACCUAAGGACAAACAGGCCCAGGCUGACCAGAAAAAGACAAAGUUCUUCCAGCUGGAGGGAGACCACCUGACCCUGCUGUCUGUCUACAACUCCUGGAAGAACAACAAGUUCUCCAACCCCUGGUGUUUCGAGAACUUCGUCCAGGCUCGCUCCUUAAAGAGAGCCCAGGACAUCCGCAAGCAGAUGCUGAGCAUCAUGGACCGACACAAGCUGGACGUGGUAUCUUGUGGAAAAGCUACAGUGCGGGUCCAGAAAGCCAUCUGCAGCGGUUACUUCAGGAACAGUGCCAGGAAGCACCCCCAUGAUGGCUACCGUACCCUGAUCGACCAGCAGGUGGUGUACCUCCACCCCUCCAGCACCCUCUUCAACCGACAGCCUGAGUGGCUUGUGUACCAUGAGUUGGUGCUGACGACCAAGGAGUACAUGCGGGAGGUGACCACCAUCGACCCCCGCUGGCUGGUGGAGUUCGCCCCAGCGUUCUACAGAGUGGCCGACCCUCAUCGCCUCAGCCGGCAGAAGAAGCAGCUGAAACUGGAGCCUCUGUACAACCGCUACGAGGAGCCCAACGCCUGGAGAAUCUCCCGCGCCUUCAGACGACGCUGAAUACUUCCUGUGCCUCACAUUAUUAUUUCAUGUGGACAAUCUGUGUAGUUGAUACUGACUGAGAAAUAGACUUAAUAUUGCUUUUCCAAAAUGGCCUUUUCUUGGAUUAGAAUUUUAUAUUCAUUCAGUAAUGCUUUAUUUAGCCUUGAUAUCCUUGUCUUAAAUUGGUCAACACUUCCUGUAUUGCAUUUUCUAUUAGGGUGACAUUAGGGUGAUAAAUGUUAUUGUUAAGAAAUUGCAAUAUUGAUAAUUGUUUUUCGUAAUUGUAGAUAAACACUGGAUGCACUUUUAA